AUUCCCCAUUCCCAUUCCCAUUCACAUUCCCAUUCCCAUUCCCAUUCCCCUCCAACACACACACACACACACACACACACACACACACACACACACAAUUCAUUCAUUCAUUCAUUCAUUCUACUACACAGCUCCCCCAUUCAUGGACACCACCUCCUCCUCCCCACACCUCUCCUUCAGCGAGAGCUUCUCCUACACCUGGCUCAGCGACAGCGCCCACGGCGACGACAACGUAGUCGUCGGCGGCGGUGGCGGCGGCGGCGGCGGCGGCGGCGGCGGCAGCAGCUCCUUCAUCGAGAUGGACCCCGACUUCUUCUCCAUGCGGUGGUCCGCCGAUUCCAAGCACUUCGAUCUCAACCUCACUCCUUCUCGCAGAGUCGACGCCUCGGUGCUCAGCCGGUCGCAGUCGGCGUGCUCGACGAAGCCGCUGAUGACGAUCUCGUCGCAGCGCUCCUCGCCGCUCUUCCUCUCCGCCCAGAGCACGCCGACCUCCGCCGGCUCGGCGAAGAGAAGCAGUACCAACCGCGCCUUCUUCUUCCGGAGGUGCGCCAAGUCUCCGAAGAAGAUCCUGUGGAAGUACCUCUGCUUCCUCCUGCCGCUGUGCAGGAAGGCCAAGGAUCAGUUGCAUGCGCUUGCUCCGAAGCCGGCGCGGGGCGAGUGCUCGUCGACGGCGAAGAAGGCCUCAUCGACCUUCUCCAGCAUCGAGUGGUGUCGAGGGAACGCCGAUAGCGCCGUCUACGACGCCAUCCUCUACUGCAAGAGAUCAAUCGGGCAGGAUAUCAUGGAGAAAUAGAGGAAUCUUUGAAGGCACCAGCUGCUGUUAUAUGUUUCCUCCAUUAUAAUUGUUAGGUUCUUAAUGUAAAUUUAUUUACACAAGGCAAGCUAUGUAGAUAUUGAGUUAUUAAGAGAUAUUAAUUGUGAAAUUUCAGUGUACGUGGAAGCAAUUUUUUUUUUUAAAUUUUGGCUUCUAAUAUGUCAUGGUUAUAUGCUUGUAAAAGUGGACAAAUUAAGAAUCUCUGGGCAAAAGCGUGUUAUACUUAUUGAGGCCAUUUUGACUUAA